AUGUCUAGAGAACAGUACAAUGGGCCACACAAUGCACCAUUUGCACAACGCCUUGAUCUCGGAUGGGUCAUCGUUGGAGAAGUAUGUCUAGACGGACUGCACAAACCAGCAAAGGUAAAUGUCUACAGAACACAUCUGUUGCAGAAUGGUCGUACAUCUUGUCUUUGCCCAUGUACCAACAGUCUACACAUUAAAGAGAGAUUAGAUAACCCAAAACAUCAUCGAAGUAUCCAGAGGUACAUGGAAGACUUAGCCUCAACUGGAAAUGCAGAUGAACUGGGUUGUAAGGUGUUUGAAAGAACACGAGACGACGACAAGCCAGCACCCUCGGUGGAAGAUACCCUCUUCCUCGAGAUCAUGGACAGAGAAGUCUACAGAGACAAGUCAGGCAGCUGGGUAGCCCCUCUACCCUUCCGGUCACCACGCCAUCGCCUUCCUGACAACAGGGUACAAGCAGAGAAACGCUUCAGUUUGUUGCAGCGCACUCUACAAAGAAAGCCAAAUAUGAAGAAACACUUCCAAGCCUUCAUGCAAAAGAUUUUUGACAACAAGCAGGCAGAAAGGGCACCACCACUACAAGAAAACCAAGAACACUGGUACUUACCAAUAUUUGGGGUGUAUCAUCCUCAGAAACCAGGUCAGAUACGUGUAGUAUUUGACUCUAGUGCGAAGCACGAAGGCAUCUCAUUAAAUGACGUCCUUCUCAGCGGACCUGACCUGAACAACACACUCCUUGGAGUACUCAUCAGGUUCAGAAAAGAACUCGUAGCAGUAACAGCAGAUGUACAACAGAUGUUCUACUGUUUCUUCGUUCGAGAAGAUCACAGAGACUACUUAAGGUUCCUGUGGUAUGCAGACAAUGACUUUAACAAAGACAUCACAGAGUACAGGAUGAAGGUACAUGUGUUUGGAAACAGCCCUUCCCCAGCUGUAGCUAUCUACAAUCUGAAACGAGCAGCACAGCAAGGUGAAAGACAUGGUCAAGAAGCCAAACAGUUCGUCAUGAAGAACUUCUACGUGGACGAUGGACUUGCUUCUUUCUCCAGCAACGAAGAAGCUAUUAACGUCCUGAAAAGUACAAAAGAAAUGUUGGCAGAAUCCAACAUAAGAUUAAACAAGGUAGCUUCCAACAGCUACAGAGUCAUGGAAGCAUUUCCAAUGGAAGACCGUGCUAAAGACCUCAAAGACUUAGAUCUAGGAACAGAAUCACCACCCUUGCAAAGAAGUCUUGGGCUUAGUUGGGACCUAAAGACUGACAGUUUCACCUUCAGGGUCUCCAGAGAAGAGAAACCAUUCACAAAAAGAGGCGUCCUAUCUACAGUCAACAGUCUUUAUGACCCCCUGGGAUUCGUAGCACCCAUCAUCAUGCAAGGCAAAGCUCUUUUGAGACAGAUCACUACUGAGCAAGAACAAAUUGACUGGGACGUACUUCUUCCUGAAGAGAAGCAAAUGCAGUGGAAGUUGUGGAAAGACUCAUUGUUAGAGCUUGAACAACUCAACAUUCCAAGACCGUACGUAUUUGUUUCCUUGUCUGCUACAAAGAGGAGAGAAUUAUGCGUAUUCUCUGACGCUUCCACUAUGGCUAUUGCAGCUGUAACUUACCUUAGGGUAAUAGACACUGAGGGACAAAGCCAUGUUGGGUUCAUCAUGGGAAAAUCUAAACUAGCUCCCAGACCUGCUCACACUGUCCCACGUCUAGAACUUUGUGCUGCUGUUUUAGCGGUAGAGAUGGCAGACAUGAUUACGACUGAACUGGACAUUGAGAUCCAUGCAGUGAACUUUUAUACAGACAGCAAGAUUGUGUUAGGAUAUAUUCACAACGCUUCAAAAAGAUUUUACACAUACGUGACCAACAGAGUGACACGUAUCAGAAAGUCUACAAGUCCAGAUCAGUGGCAUCACAUCAGCACAGACAAGAACCCAGCUGAUCAUGGGACAAGAUUGGUGUCAGCCGCUGUACUCAAGCAAACUAACUGGUUCGUAGGUCCAUCGUUUCUUGGUAAGCCAGAAACCAAAGAGACUACUCAGGUAGAGACCUUUCAGCUCAUAGAACCAGAUCAAGACAAAGAGGUAAGACCUCAAGUUGCAGUUUGUAAGACUUUAGUUACCAGAGACAGUCUGGGCGCCCAUAGAUUUGAAAGGUUUUCCAGUUGGAAGUCUUUGACCCGUGCAAUCGGAAAACUUAUCUGUCUAGCUAGAUACUCCUGCAGAGCUACUAAUACUGAUCAGCGUAGCAGCGACCAUCUUGAACAAGCUAAGGUCGCGAUCAUCAAAUGCAUCCAGCAGGAAGUCUUUAAAGAAGAAAUUCAAAGCCUUCUGAAAAAGGAAGAGAUUUCUCGACUCAGUUCGCUCAAGAAGUUGAACCCUAUCCUCGACGAAAACGGAGUACUAAGAAUUGGAGGUCGUUUGUCGGCAGCGGAUAUGACUAUCCAAGAGAGACAUCCCUUCAUCAUACCUAAGAAUCAUCACAUCGCUCUUCUUCUGGUAAGACACUAUCAUGAGCAAGUUGCACAUCAAGGACGACACUUCACUGAAGGAGCAGUACGGUCAGCAGGAUUGUGGAUCAUAGGAGGUAAGAGACUAGUCUCCAGCGUGAUCAGCAAAUGCGUUACCUGUAAGAAGAUUAGAGGGAAACUUGAGGUUCAGAAGAUGUCAAACUUACCUGCAGACAGACUUGCUUCAGAUCCUCCGUUCACUCACGUAGGUCUAGACGUUUUUGGACCAUGGAACAUCUCUUCUCGCAAGACCAGAGGAGGCAGUGCCGAAAGUAAACGUUGGGCUGUUCUGUUCUCUUGUCUGAGUACUAGAGCAGUUCAUAUUGAAGUGAUUGAAUCUUUAUCCACUUCAAGUUUCAUCAAUGCCUUGAGAAGAUUCUUCUCUAUCAGAGGACCAGUGAAAUUGAUUCGUUCAGACCGUGGCACAAACUUUAUUGGGGCCUGCAAGGAGUUGAAGAUCAUCUCUACAGACUCUGAAACAGGUUCCUAUCUUCAAGAUCAAGGAUGCACUUGGACUUUUAAUCCUCCACACGCAUCGCAUAUGGGAGGAGCCUGGGAGAGGAUGAUUGGAGUAGCUCGUCGUAUUCUGGAUGCCAUGCUCCUGAAGGUUGGGUCUACUCGCCUCACUCAUGAAGCUUUGACUACACUAAUGGCUGAAGUCGUGGCCAUUAUGAACGCCAGACCUUUGGUUCCAGUGUCUACAGAUCCGGAGAUGCCGUCAGUCUUGACACCCGCAAUGCUGCUGACCCAGAAGAUGGAACCAGUGACAGCUCCCUCAGGAGACUUUGACCUCAAGGACUUGUACACCAAGCAAUGGAGACAAGUUCAAAGUCUUGCGGACAUUUUCUGGAAGAGGUGGAGACAGGAAUACCUGGUGACACUCCAGCCACGCAAGAAAUGGCAAGAUGACAAACCCAACUUACAAGUUGGAGACAUUGUCUUAUUAAAAGACACUCAGGCCCACAGGAACGAAUGGCCUAUUGGACUCAUUGUGGGGACUGAUCCUAGUAGUGAUGCUAGAGUUAGAAAGGUUGAAGUUAGAAUUGUUAGACAGGGCAUUCCCAAGGUGUAUGCUAGGCCAAUUUCCGAAGUAGUUUUACUUCUGUCCAAAGGUUAG